AUGAAGCGGCUCCUGGCCACCGGGCUCCUGCUGGCCCUGCUGCCCGCCCCGACGCGAGGUUUGCGGUGCACGCAGCCGGCCGAGUCCUGCCUCAACGGGGGCAAGUGCGAAACUUUUCUCAAUGGGACGGAGGUGUGCCAGUGCAGCAGCGCCCACGUGGGCGAGCGGUGCCAGCUGCCCAACCCCUGCCUGAGCUCCCCCUGCAAAAACGCCGGCACCUGCACCCCGGUGGUGCGCGGCAGCACCGCGGACUACACCUGCGCCUGCCGCCUGGGCUUCACCGACGAGCUCUGCCUGACGCCCCGCGAGAACGCCUGCCUCAACAACCCCUGCCGCAACGGGGGCACCUGCGACCUGGUGACGCUCAGCGAGUACAAGUGCCGCUGCCCGCCGGGAUGGUCAGGUAAAACCUGCCAGCAGGCCGACCCCUGCGCCUCCAACCCCUGUGCCAACGGGGGCCAGUGCGUCCCCUUCGAAGCCCACUACGUCUGCCGCUGCACGGCCGGCUUCCACGGGGCCAACUGCAAGCAGGACGUGAACGAGUGCAACAUCUCGCCGCCCGUCUGCAAGAACGGCGGGAGCUGCACCAACGAGGUGGGCACCUACCAGUGCUCCUGCAAGCCGGCCUACACCGGGCAGAACUGCGAGCACCUCUACGUGCCCUGCAACCCCUCGCCCUGCCAGAACGGGGGGACGUGCCGCCAGACCGGGGACACCACCUACGACUGCACGUGUCUGCCAGGAUUCGCGGGCCAGAACUGCGAGGAGAACAUCGACGACUGUCCAGGGAACAACUGCAGGAAUGGGGGCACCUGCGUGGACGGCGUCAACACCUACAACUGCCAGUGCCCCCCUGAGUGGACAGGCCAGUACUGCACCGAGGACGUGGACGAGUGCCAGCUGAUGCCCAACGCCUGCCAGAACGGGGGCACCUGCCACAACAACCACGGCGGCUACAACUGCGUCUGCGUCAACGGCUGGACGGGCGAGGACUGCAGCGAGAACAUCGACGACUGCGCCAUGGCCGCCUGCUUCCAGGGGGCCACCUGCCACGACCGGGUGGCCUCCUUCUACUGCGAGUGUCCCCACGGCCGCACAGGUUUGCUGUGCCACCUCGAUGACGCCUGCAUCAGCAACCCCUGCAACGAGGGCUCCAACUGCGACACCAACCCUGUCAACGGCAAAGCCAUCUGCACGUGUCCUUCAGGGUACAUGGGGCCAGCCUGCAACCAGGACGUGGACGAGUGCUCGCUGGGAGCCAACCCAUGCGAGCACGCAGGGAAAUGCAUCAACACCCAGGGGUCCUUCCAGUGCCAGUGUCUGCAGGGCUACUCGGGCCCUCGCUGUGAGAUAGACGUCAACGAGUGCCUCUCCAACCCCUGUCAGAACGACGCCACCUGCCUGGACCAGAUCGGGGAGUUCCAGUGCAUCUGCAUGCCCGGGUACGAGGGCGUUUACUGCGAGAUCAACACGGACGAGUGCGCCAGCAGCCCCUGCCUGCACAACGGCAACUGCCUGGAUAAGAUCAACGAGUUCCACUGCGAGUGCCCCACCGGCUUCAACGGGCACCUGUGCCAGUUCGACAUCGACGAGUGCGCCAGCACCCCCUGCAAGAACGGGGCCAAGUGCGUGGACGGCCCCAACACCUACAGCUGCGAGUGCACCGAAGGUUUCUCGGGCGCUCACUGCGAGAUCGACAUCGACGAGUGCGACCCUGACCCGUGCCACUACGGGACCUGCAAGGACAGCAUUGCCGCCUUCACCUGCCUCUGCCAGCCUGGCUACACGGGCCACCGCUGCGACAUCAACAUCAACGAGUGCCAGAGCCAGCCCUGCAAAAAUGGGGGGACCUGCCAGGACAGGAACAACGCCUACAACUGCCUGUGCCUCAAGGGGACCACAGGGCCCAACUGCGAGAUCAACCUGGACGACUGCGCCAGCAACCCCUGCGACUAUGGCAAGUGCAUCGACAAGAUCAACGGCUACGAGUGCACCUGCGAGCCGGGGUACACAGGGCGCAUGUGCAACAUCAACAUCGACGAGUGCGCCAGCAACCCCUGCCACAACGGGGGCACCUGCAAGGAUGGCAUCAACGGCUUCACUUGCCUCUGCCCCGAGGGUUUCCACGACCCCAAGUGCCUGUCCGAAGUGAACGAGUGCAACAGCAACCCCUGCAUCCACGGGAGAUGCCACGACGGGCUGAACGGGUACCGGUGCGAUUGCGACCCAGGCUGGAGCGGGACAAACUGCGACAUCAACAAUAAUGAGUGUGAAUCCAAUCCCUGCAUGAACGGCGGCACCUGCAAGGACAUGACCAGCGGCUACAUCUGCACCUGCAGGGAAGGGUUCAGCGGACCCAACUGCCAGACCAAUAUCAACGAGUGUGCUUCCAACCCCUGCCUGAAUCAGGGCACCUGCAUCGAUGACGUGGCCGGCUACACCUGCAACUGCCUCCUGCCCUACACAGGAGCCACCUGCGAGGACGUGCUGGCCCCCUGCGCCGGCGGCCCCUGCAAGAACGGCGGCGAGUGCCGGGAGUCGGAGGACUACGAGAGCUUCUCCUGCGGCUGCCCGCCCGGCUGGCAAGGUCAGACGUGCGAGAUCGACAUCAACGAGUGCGUGAAGAGCCCCUGCCGCAACGGGGCCACGUGCCAGAACACCAACGGCAGCUACCGCUGCCUCUGCAGGGCGGGCUUCGCCGGCCGCAACUGCGACACCGACAUCGACGACUGCCAGCCCAAUCCGUGCCACAACGGCGGCUCCUGCUCGGACAGCGUGGGCACGUUCUUCUGCGAGUGCCUGGCCGGCUUCCGCGGCCCCAAGUGCGAGGAGGACAUCAACGAGUGCGCCAGCAACCCCUGCAAGAACGGUGCCAACUGCACCGACUGCGUCAACAGCUACACCUGCACCUGCCCCUCUGGCUUCAGCGGCAUCCACUGCGAGAACAACACUCCCGACUGCACCGAGAGCUCCUGCUUCAACGGUGGGACCUGCGUGGAUGGCAUCAACACGUUCACCUGCCUCUGUCCGGCCGGCUUCACGGGCAGCUACUGCGAGCACAACAUCAACGAGUGCGACUCCAAGCCGUGCCUCAAUGGGGGCACCUGUCAGGACAGCUACGGGACGUACAAGUGCACGUGUCCCCAGGGAUACACCGGGCUCAACUGCCAGAACCUGGUGCGUUGGUGCGACUCCUCGCCCUGCAAGAACGGGGGGAAGUGCUGGCAGACCAACAACCUGUACCGCUGCGAGUGCAACAGCGGCUGGACCGGGCUCUACUGCGACGUCCCCAGCGUCUCCUGCGAGGUGGCUGCAAAGCAGCAAGGUAUCGACGUCGCACACCUCUGCAGGAACUCGGGGCUCUGCGUGGACACCGGCAACACUCACUUCUGCCGCUGCCAGGCCGGCUACACCGGCAGCUACUGCGAGGAGCAGGUGGACGAGUGCUCCCCAAACCCCUGCCAGAACGGAGCCACCUGCACGGAUUACCUGGGAGGCUACUCCUGCGAGUGUGUGGCUGGUUAUCAUGGAGUUAACUGCUCGGAGGAGAUCAAUGAGUGCUUGUCCCACCCGUGCCAGAAUGGAGGAACCUGCAUCGAUCUCAUCAAUACCUACAAAUGCUCCUGCCCCAGAGGAACCCAAGGGGUGCACUGUGAAAUCAAUGUGGAUGACUGCAGCCCUUUCUUUGAUCCUGUCACCCUGGGGCCCAAGUGCUUUAACAAUGGCAAGUGCACGGAUCGGGUAGGUGGCUACAGCUGCAUCUGCCCCCCUGGCUUUGUAGGGGAGCGCUGCGAGGGAGACGUCAACGAGUGCCUGUCCAACCCCUGCGACGCGCGCGGCACCCAGAACUGCGUGCAGAGGGUCAAUGACUACAAAUGCGAGUGCCGGCCUGGCUACGCAGGGCGUCGCUGCGACACCGUGGUGGACGGCUGCAAGGGCAAGCCCUGCAGGAAUGGGGGAACGUGCGCUGUGGCCAGCAACACCGGCCGCGGCUUCAUCUGCAAGUGCCCCCCGGGCUUCGUGGGUGCCACCUGUGAGAACGACUCCCGCACCUGCGGGAACUUGCACUGCCUGAACGGCGGCACCUGCAUCUCCAUCCACAAGAGCUCCAAGUGCAUGUGCGCCCCGGCCUUCACGGGGCCCGAGUGCCAGUACCCGGCCAGCAGCCCCUGCACCUCCAACCCCUGCUACAACGGGGGCACCUGCGAGUUCCUCAGCGAUGCUCCCCCCUAUUACCACUGCAACUGCCCUGCCAACUUCAACGGCCUCAACUGCCACAUCCUCGACUUCGAUUUCCAAGGUGGGUUCGGGCAGGACAUCAUCCCACCCAAAAUUGAGGAGAAGUGCGAGAUCGCGGUUUGCGCGGGGUAUGCCGGCAACAAGAUCUGCGACGGCAAGUGCAACAACCACGCCUGCGGCUGGGACGGGGGCGACUGCUCCCUCAACUUCAACGACCCCUGGAAGAACUGCUCGCAGUCGCUGCAGUGCUGGAAGUACUUCAACGACGGCAAGUGCGACUCUCAGUGCAAUAACGCGGGCUGCCUGUACGAUGGGUUCGACUGCCAGAAGUACGAAGGGCAGUGCAACCCUCUGUAUGAUCAGUACUGCAAGGACCACUUCUCAGAUGGUCACUGUGACCAGGGCUGCAAUAAUUUUGAGUGCGAAUGGGAUGGUCUGGACUGUGCAAACAAUAUGCCGGAGAAGCUUGCAGACGGCACCCUGGUGGUGGUGGUGCUGAUCACCCCCGAGAACCUGAAGAACAACUCCUUCAAUUUCCUGCGGGAGCUGAGCCGUGUGCUGCACACCAACGUCGUCUUCAAGAAGAACUCCAAGGGAGAGUAUAUGAUAUUCCCCUACUACGGCAACGAGGAGGAGCUGAAAAAGCAUUACAUCAAGAGGUCAACAGAGGACUGGUCAGAUAUGUCCAGUGCUGUCAUCAACAAAGUGAAGACCAGCCUCUACUCCCGGGCUGGCAGGAGGCAAAAGAGAGAGCUCGAUCAGAUGGACAUCAGAGGAUCCAUCGUCUACUUGGAAAUUGAUAACCGUCAGUGCAUCCAGUCGUCUUCCCAGUGCUUCCAGAGUGCAACCGACGUGGCGGCGUUCCUGGGUGCCUUGGCCUCCCUUGGCAACCUGAACAUACCCUACAAAAUAGAAGCCGUUAAAAGUGAAACGGCUGAACCCACGAGGAACUCCCAGCUGUAUCCUAUGUACGUGGUGGUAGCUGUGCUGGUCCUGCUUGCUUUCAUCGGAGUGGGAGUACUGGUAUCUCGUAAGCGGCGCAGGGAGCAUGGGCAGCUUUGGUUCCCAGAGGGCUUCAAAGUGACAGAGUCAAGCAAGAAGAAGCGACGAGAGCCGCUUGGGGAGGAUUCUGUUGGACUGAAACCCCUCAAAAAUGCUUCAGAUGGCACACUGAUGGAUGACAACCAAAAUGAGUGGGGUGAUGAGGAGACCUUGGACACCAAGAAGUUCAGGUUUGAGGAGCAGGCGAUGCUGCCUGAUUCAGAUGAUCAGACGGACCACAGGCAGUGGACCCAACAGCACCUGGAUGCCGCCGACCUCCGCAUAUCUUCCAUGGCACCUACUCCACCGCAGGGUGAAAUCGAUGCAGACUGCAUGGAUGUCAACGUGAGAGGUCCCGAUGGCUUCACCCCCCUCAUGAUCGCCUCGUGCAGCGGAGGCGGGCUGGAGACUGGCAACAGCGAAGAGGAGGACGAUGCCCCCGCCGUCAUCUCGGACUUCAUUUACCAAGGCGCCAGCCUGCACAACCAGACUGACCGCACGGGUGAGACCGCGCUGCACCUGGCCGCCCGCUACUCCCGCUCCGACGCUGCCAAGCGCCUGCUGGAAGCCAGCGCCGACGCAAACAUCCAGGAUAACAUGGGCAGGACUCCGCUCCACGCGGCCGUCUCCGCCGAUGCCCAAGGAGUCUUCCAGAUCCUUAUUAGGAACAGGGCAACCGAUCUGGACGCCCGCAUGCACGAUGGGACCACCCCUCUGAUCCUGGCUGCUCGCCUGGCUGUGGAGGGCAUGCUGGAGGAUCUCAUCAACUGCCACGCAGACGUCAACGCCGUGGAUGAUCUAGGCAAGUCAGCACUGCACUGGGCAGCGGCCGUGAAUAACAUUGAAGCUGCAGUCGUCCUUCUGAAGAACGGUGCCAACAAGGACAUGCAGAACAAUAAGGAGGAGACCCCGCUGUUCCUCGCGGCCAGAGAGGGGAGCUACGAAACGGCCAAAGUCCUCCUGGACCAUUUUGCGAACCGCGACAUCACGGACCACAUGGACCGGCUCCCGCGGGACAUCGCGCAGGAGCGCAUGCACCACGACAUCGUGAGGCUGCUGGACGAGUACAACCUGGUGCGGAGCCCGCCGCUGCACAACGGCCCCCUGGGGGCACCCACCCUGUCCCCGCCGCUCUGCUCCCCCAACAGCUACAUCGGCAACCUGAAACCCGCCGUCCAGGGCAAGAAGGCCAGGAAGCCGAGUACCAAGGGCCUGAGCUGCAACGGCAAGGAUGCCAAAGACCUGAAAGCCCGGAGGAAAAAGUCACAAGAUGGAAAAGGCUGUCUGCUUGACAACUCCAGCGUGCUGUCCCCAGUGGACUCCCUGGAGUCGCCCCACGGGUACCUGUCAGAUGUCGCCUCUCCUCCGCUGAUGACCUCUCCGUUUCAGCAGUCCCCUUCCAUGCCUCUGAAUCACCUGCCGGGCAUGCCCGAUGCCCACAUGAGCAUCAACCACCUCAACAUGGCGGGGAAGCAGGAUAUGGCCAUGGGAAACUCCAGCAGGAUGGCCUUCGAUUCGGUGCCGCCACGUCUCUCGCACCUCCCCGUCUCCAGCCCCAGCACAGCCAUGAGCAACGCCCCGAUGAAUUUCUCCGUCGGCGGAGCCGCCGGCCUGAACGGGCAGUGCGACUGGCUGAGCAGGCUGCAGACGGGCAUGGUGCAGAAUCAGUACAACCCCCUGAGGGGCAACAUGCAGCCGGGGGCGCACCAGCAGACGCAGAACCUGCAGCACGGCAUGAUGACCUCCCUGCACAACGGCUUGCCCACCACCAGCUUGUCGCAGAUGAUGAGCUACCAGGCCAUGCCCAACACCCGGCUGGCCUCCCAGCCUCACCUGAUGCAGAGCCAGCAGCUGCAGCAGCUCCAGCAACAGCAGCUGCAGCAGCCCGGCAUGCAGCCGCAGCAGCCCCCGCAGCAACCCGCGCAGCCGCCGCCGCAGCAGCCGCAGCAGCACCACAGCGCCGGCUCCAACGCCAGCGGCCACAUCGGCCAAAAUUUCCUCGGUACCGAGCUGAGCCAGCCCGACCUGCAGCCGGUGAGCGGCAGCACCAUGGCGGUGCACACCAUCCUGCCGCAAGAUUCGCAGCUGCUGCCCACGUCCCUGCCGUCCUCCCUCGCGCAGCCCAUGACCACCACGCAGUUUCUAACGCCGCCCUCCCAGCACAGUUAUUCCUCCCCCUUGGACAACACCCCCAGCCACCAGCUCCAGGUGCCCGACCACCCCUUCCUAACGCCGUCUCCGGAGUCGCCGGACCAGUGGUCGAGCUCUUCUCCUCACUCCAACGUGUCCGACUGGUCCGAGGGCAUCUCCAGCCCCCCGACCAGCAUGCAGUCGCAGAUGGGACACAUCCCCGAAGCCUUCAAGUGAGACGCCGGGUUUCAGAGACGCUGCCGCGCGGGGGGAGCUGGAGGGAGAUCUUUUUUUCACAGGACGUUGGAUGCUUUUAUUAAAGGAUCCUUUUUAAAUAUGUUUUUAUACGAGAAUAAAAAGACAAAUUAAUUCUUUUUUUUUUUUAGUAUUUAUUUAUGUACUUUUUAUUUUACAUGAAAACACUGCCUUCUUAUUUAUAUGUUCUAUUGUUAAGAACUCAAUGUGAGACACCAGUUGUGUUUCAAGAAAUCAAGAAACUAGGUUUUUAUAGGACAUUCUCUUUUGAUUGGGGGGUUCAUUGUGCUGUUUUGAGAGAAAAUGUUUAUGUAAAGCUACAAGCAACCAUUUGGGAUUCUGGAAUGCCAUUAAUUUAUUUUUUUGCUCUUUCAAGUCAGAAAGAGAUGUAAAAAAGAAAAGAAUUGACUAAAAAUACCACUCCUUUUGGGGAAAAAAAAUUAAGCAUGGACAGAUUUUUGAAAUGUACUUUAAAAUGUUUCCUUUGCUGUUCUGUCUGAGAGGACAUUUUAUGGUACCAGUCAUGAAUCUUUGUUUAAAUUUCAGUAUUAUAUAGUUGUAUAUUUGCCUUGGUAAUAGAAAUUUUUGUUCUCUCUCUUUUUAUAUAUAUAUAUAAAAAUAUAUUUAAAUGAUUUUUAUGAUCUAAAAAGUAAAUAAAUCAGGAUUAUGGACCUGUAAGAACAGGAUCUAUGCUUAAAAAAAAAAAAAAACAACAACCUUACAUAACACGAACACUGUUCCCCACCAAAAAGAAGAGUAUUUGCCAAACUUUCUAAGACAGCAAACCCAUAACUAUGGAGUAUAUACCAAACCCAUAGCUGUGGAGUUUAUACACAAAGGAGACUUAAUUUUACUUUGAAUAUCUUUACUGUUUUUUUUUUUCUUGUUGAUGUUUUUGUGUUUGCAUUUGAGGAACUGUUUAAGAAAUAAAUGCCAAUAUAAACUUGUAAACCUCAUCCUUAUUUUAAGGAUGGCCUGCCUGUUUUAAAGAAGGCGUGUCGAUUAAUGCAGACAACCUGAGCGAGACUCCGAAGCAUUACAACGCUGCCACCACCGCAUGCUCGCCCGUGCCUCCGGCUCCCUGGCUGGGUGUUGGGCAAGGGGCACGGCCGGGUUUCGUGGGAUGCCGGGCUGUUGAAGCAGGGGGCGAGGACAGCACAGCUGAGCCUGUGCUUUGAAACGUUAACAUUUUGUUCUUGUUAGUCUGGAGUGAUGCAUCUUUUUUUAUAUUGAUGUGCACUCGUUCUGUGUAUCAUGUAAAAUAUAGUAUAAGCCUGUGGCAGAUUUAAUGUUUGUAAAUAUGUUUUUUUUAAGAAAAGGUGGAUUUUGUUUCAAAAAUCUAAAUGAGCAAGUCUUAAAUAUAUCAUAAAUAUAUCACCUUAUAGAGGUGUUGGAAUAUCACUCGCUCGGGUGCGAAGGCAAGCAGACACCCUCCGACUAGACAUGUAUGGGACAGGCAAAUAGAGUGCAGUUAAUCCAGAAAACCUAAGAAAAGGGUUCCUUUUCCUCAUUCCUUUUUAUUAGAACACCAGAUAAAAUGGAUAUUUCUCAAGGCACAAAGCUUUGUUGAGCACUCAUCUUAGUAACAUUUCAGACCACAGUUAUUGUGACAUCCCUAAAAUGAGUGAUAAAAACAUCACGUGGUGUUGACUCUUCCUAUGUUUUAUAAACUAGAGUGUAGUUUAAGAAAAGAUAUCUUCUGUAAUAAAGUUAUCUACAUGCAAAGUUGUAGUUUGCAAAAAUGAUGUAUUUUUUUUGGUUAACUGAUUUGCAAUAAAUGGUGCUUCUCAGCAUCUAGAUUUUACUAAAACUGGAACUCAGUCUUUUUGUUACGAAUCGACUGAAAUCUGGGCUUGAUACCCGCUGUCCUUCAGUACUGCAGGGCUGCC